AUGGCUUCCAGGUCUCCUAGACGCCCUCUGACCAGAUAUGCUGUUGAAGAUGCAGCUAAGGAUCCCUUCCCUUCUCAGAUGAGCUCUCCUACCAAAACUUCUACUGGUUCACCCACAAAAAGAAGUUAUGAUGGUUCUCCUAAGAAGGAAGCUAAAUCUCAAGAAGAGUUAGAACAAAAACUGAUCAUCUGCUGCAGGAAAGGUGAAUGGCCAGCUGUUGAUUCUAUCCUAAAACAUAUGAACGGCAUCAAUCCGGAAUUGGUUGAUGAGACGAACGGCUACACUCCUCUUAUGUACGCAUUAAAAGACGGAAAGGUAGCCAAAGCGGAUAAAUUUAUCAAAUUAGGAAUCAAAGUCAACAUUAAAGCGAAAGACGGCAUCACAGCAUUACAUCUCGCAGCGGCUCACGCUAGAGAGGACAUGAUAAAGAUGCUGAUGAGUCAGAAGGCAGACCCCACUGUGGCAGGAGGGCCCAAAGGUCAGUUGCCAAUUCACAUCUUAUGUAGUCGAGCGACGGCAUCCGCCCCACAAGCGCUUCAUCACCUUUUGAGGGCUACUAAUAAAGAUAUACGAUUAGCAACCGACAGGGAUGGAAAUAUCCCACUUUUUAUGGCGGUGGAGUCAGGAAGCCACGGAGUUUGUAGAGAAUUAUUAGUCUCUCACGGAAAGGAACAAGUAACUGCCAAAAGACCCGGAACGGGUGAUACCGUGAUACACAUGGCCACAAGGAGGAAGGAUUUGGAAAUUUUGAAAUGGGCCGUGCAGCACGGUGGUAAUGUUAAUACACAAAAUAAUGAAGGUCUCACUCCUCUUCACUUGGCAGUGAUCGAAGGAGAUGAACUUUUAUUAAGAUUUUUUCAUAGCAACAACGCUAAACCAGAUAUAAUAGACAACCACGAAAGAACCCCUCUACAUAUCGCAGCCGAAAAAGGACAUAGCCAUCUUGUGGAAAUUUUAACUGAUAAAUUCAAAGCUUCCAUUUUUCAAAGAACGAAGGAUGGCAGUACUUUAAUGCAUCUGGCUUCAGAAUCAGGGCAUCCUGAUACAGCUAUGGUCUUCCUGAAGAAAGGAGUACCUUUACAGAUGCCAAACAAAACUGGAGCCAAAGGCAUUCAUAUGGCCGCAGCACACGGGUAUGUAGAAGUAAUUAAGAAUUUAAUACACAGAGGAGAGCAAGUCGAUUCAAAAACAAAUGAUAAUUUGACAGCUCUACAUGCAGCUGCUAUGAAUAACCAGGCAGAGGUGUUAGAAAUUCUGCUAGGUUUUGGUGCUCAAGUGCAUCUUAAAGGCGGAAAAGAUGGAGAAACACCAUUGCACAUCUCUUGCAGAACAGAAAACGGUCAGAAAUGUGCAGAAUUACUAAUAAAAUGUGGAUCUGACGUGAAUGCUCUCACAGAAGUAGGGUUGAAGACACCUCUGCACAUAGUUGCCCAUUACGGUUUCAUUCCAACUGCAAAAUUGUUACUCGAAGAAGAAGAAAUCGAACUCGGAAUCACAUCUGAGGAUGGUGAAAGUGCCUUACACAUUGCUGUCAGUCGAUGCCAUUACGGCAUCGUAAAAUUAAUUUUAGAAUAUUGGAAAAAGAAAAAUCCCGAAGAUACAGUAUGUCUCUUAGUAAAUCAACAAAAUGAGGCAGGAGAAACACCUCUUCAUUAUGCAGCUUCGUUGACUAAAGAAAUGAAUCAUACACCAUCAGAAGAUCGCGAUAUUGCUAGAGUUUUAUUGGAAUAUGGCGCUAAUGUAACACUUGUCACUAAUAAUACUAGCGAAACGCCUCUUCAUUAUUGCAGUCGAUCAGGGAAUGUAAGUAUAAUGGAAGAAUUGGUAUCAGGAAUGAGUCCAAACGAAAUGCAAACGCUUUGCAACAAACAAGCAAAAGAUGGUUGGUCCCCAUUAUUAUUUGCUUGCCAAGCUGGUACCUUAGCAAUUGUGGACUUUCUUUUGAAGCAUGGAGCAAGAGUGGAUGUUUUUGACGAGAAUGGUAAAGCUGCAUUACAUUUAGCUGCCGAAAAGGGACAUAACGACGUUAUCGAAUUAUUACUAAAGUAUAAAGCUUUUAUAAAUGUCAGAUCCAAAAAAGGAAUGACACCUCUUCAUAUGGCUGCGAAGAAUGGGUAUGGAAAUAUUGUUCGUCAGAUGGUAACUCAGCAUGGAGCAAUGUUAGACGCCUUGACUUUAAAUAAAGAAACGCCUCUACACCUGGCUGCCGAACAAGGACAGAUACAAGUGUGCAAUAUUUUAUUAGAAUUAAAAUCAGAUGCUAAUGCUCUUGAUAAUCAUGGACAAACUCCAUUACUGCUAGCAGCACAAAACGACCAUUCUGAAAUUGUAAAACUUUUUCUACGGCACAAACCAGAACUUGUUUCACUCGCUAACAAGGAGGGUUACAAUUGUGCCCAUAUUGCUGCAAUGAAAGGAAGUGUUGGUGUAAUAAAGGAAUUGAUGAAGUUUAAUAAAACUCUGAUUACUUCAGCGAAAACCAAGAGUGGAUGCACUCCUUUACAUCUUGCUGCAGAAGGUGGUCAUGGUGAUGUUGUCCUAGUAUUGCUACAAGCAGGAGCUUCAGCAUCGGAGGAAAAUGCUGAUGGCUACACUCCAAUUCAUCUUGCGGCUAUUCAUGGUCAUGUUAGUGUCUUACAAGCUCUGAAUAAUGCUGUUUCGUGGAGAAUAGUAAGCAAAAAGUUAGGUAUUACGGCAUUACAUAUAGCCGCUGGUAAAGGGAAGUCUGAUUUUGUUCGUGAGAUGUUAACCCAAGUUCCAGCCACACUUCUUACAGAACAAAGAUCAGAAACUAAAACAGAAGAUUACGGAUUUACUCCUCUUCAUAUCGCAGCUGAACAUGGACAUGAAGAUGUAGUUAGAUUACUCCUCAAUAGUGCUGGAGUACAAAUUGACGCUAAAACACAAAUAGAGGGUUUGUACCCUAUUCAUCUAGCAGCACGUGGAGGGCACAUGGCUGUUGUAGGAAUAAUUAUUAGCCGUGCCACGGAACAAAUUCAAGCAAAAGAUAAAGAAGGUAGAACUGCUCUCCAUCUGGCAGCAGCACAUGGGCAUAAAAAUUUAGUAGGGCUCCUUUUAGGUCAAGGAGCAGAUAUCAAUGCUAGUGAUAAUAACGGAAACUGUCCCGUCCAUUUCGCAUCUCGCGAAGGAUUUAUGGAUGUAGUUUAUCUUUUAAUAGAAAGCGGAGCACAACCAACAUGUCAAACAAAAGAUGGAGCAAUACCAUUAGCAUGUGCUGCAAGUACAGGUCAUUAUAAUAUUUUAAAAUAUUUAUUAACUAAAGAACAUGACUCAAUGGCUUUAAUAGAAACUAGAAAGUUUCUAGUAGAUAUAAUGGCUUGUGGAAAACAGUAUGAAAAUAUGCCAAUUUUGGAAUUUAUAAUAGCAUCACCUGCACCAGUAGAUACAGCUGUAAAAAUGGCUCGAAGCUACCAAUUGCUUGCUUUUAGAGAGAAAGAACGAUCACGUGAUUUAGAAAGGGCAGCAUUGUUUUGUCAAAAUAUGGCUUUUGAUUUGCUUUCCGUUAUUUCAAGUAGUGAAAAUGUUGGAACUGUUUUGCGUGCAUUGGAUUCUCGAAGUAUGCCAUUUUUGGAUGUUCUGAUCGAACUUCAAUUAAAAGAAGUAGUAGCACACCCUGCCGUACAAAGCUACCUGUCCGAACAGUGGAUGGGUAAUUUAACUUGGGCCACAUGGAAGAUUUUAUUAUUGUUUUUACUUUUUCUUGUGUGCCCACUCACAUGGCUUGCAUUUACCUUUCCACUUAAUCAUAAAUACGCUGAUACUCCAAUCAUGAAAUUUAUGUCAUAUCUAGUAUCUCAUAUAUUUUUCAUACUUAUUGUUUGCUUUACAGUAAUUAAUCCUUGGUUUCCCAUAUGGACAUCCACCACUCUUUAUCCCCAUCCACAUGAAUGUGCAUUAGUAAUAUGGCUUGCUGGACUCCUGGUAGCAAAUUUUACAAAUCCAAGAGAUCGUGAAGGUCUUGGUUGGAUCAAAGCAGCCAUGUUAAUAUUAGGAAUAUGUGCUAUUGCUGUACACUUAUUUGGAUUUUUAUUUUCUGAUGAGAAAACUAGACAAAUUAUUAUAUACAUUAGAAAUCAAUUCUUGGCAUUUUUGCUGUUACUUGGAUUCUUAGAAUUUCUAAAUUUCCUCACAUUUCAUCAUUUGUUUGGACCAUGGGCAGUCAUCAUUCAAGAUUUAAUGAAAGAUUUACUUCGGUUUUUGGCCAUUUUGACAAUAUUUUUAACAGGUUUCUCACUUCAUUUAUGUGCUGUCUAUCAACCAGUUUUUCCACCCGAAGAAGGAAUAACAUUGCCCACAUAUGGUCAAGAAUUUCAAUCACCCAUUAACACAUUUGAAAUGUUGUUUUUUGCAUUAUUUGGUUUAGUAGAACCUGACUACAUGCCACCUCAGCAUUUAAGUCCAGGAUUUGCUAAAGUUAUUUUAAAAAUAGUAUUUGGAGUAUACAUGAUGGUUACUGUAGUCGUAUUAAUCAACUUACUUAUAGCUAUGAUGUCUAACACAUAUCAAAGAAUUGAAGCUCAGUCAGAUACGGAGUGGAAGUUUGGAAGAGCAAAACUAAUAAGAGAUAUGAAUAAAAUGCUUCCAUCACCAUCACCAAUGAACAUUAUUGCAGUGUUCCCUUAUAUGUUUAAAAAAUUAGUUGAAAAAUGCAAAGGGAAAAAACAAUCAUUGUAUAGUAAAGGUAUAGAUUUACCUGGAGGAAAGGGACCACGACUCUGGUUUCGGAAAAAGGCAUCAAGACAGCAAGUAGUACCUGUGGAAGUUCCUGUAAACAUACCUGAAAUGAUCAAUUCAGCUAAGCAUAUUUCCAGAGUAGUGGAUUGGAAGGCUAUAGUAAAUAAAUAUUUAGAAGUGCAAGGAAUAACUGUAGCAGCUUGCGAUAUUCCAGAAGAAAAGGGUAAUGAAUAAGACUUUCAACUGAACUUCCACCAUAGAACAAAACAAAAAUUACUUUUAGCUAAAGAAAUUCUGAAAUGAAAAGUUUCCGAAAGUAGAGGGACUAUGAAGAUUGAAAUGAAAAAAUAAUUACAUUUAGAAAUACAAUAAAUAUAAUUCAGCAUUAUAUAAUAUUCAGAAUAAUAGUUUAUUCUUGGAUAGUAAAAUGCUAAAAGAGAAUAUAAAAUAUCUUACCAAGUAGCUGCAUAGCCAUGAUAAAUCUCAAUAUAGCAUCAUGUGAUAUUCUUGAAGAUAAUAGAAAUGAAUACUAUUUUAAAGAAGAGAUCCUUCCGUAGAGCCAAAGUAAUUUUGAUGGCAGAUAAAAUGUGAAAGGAAAUAUUUUGUGCCAUUAUCUGAGGCUUCCUUAGAACAUCAUUUAGGAUUCGACAUAUUAGAAUUUGUGUAAAUGUAGUCUACUUUCUACAGACUUAGCUUGUGAAACAAGAUACAAUAUAUAGACUAGCAGAAAGUUAUGAAAUCUUUCCUAUCUUUUGUGACUUCAACCAUGGACUGAUUUCAUAUAUAUCAUCAUCAAUAUUUCAUGUGACGAAAUUCUGUAAUAAUAUAAUAAUGUGGGUGUUUAAAAAGCAAUAAAUGUACAUAAUUGAAUUAUCUAA